AUUGUCAUAUACGCUCACUCACACGGCGGCAGCUUCGAAAUUUGGCAACCACGAUGCAGAACGAGGCUGGAGAGUUUGUAGACAUUUACAUACCGAGAAGGUGUGCUGUUACUAACCGGCUGAUUGGUGCAAAAGAUCAUGCUUCGAUUCAAAUUCAGUUCGUUGAUUUGGACCCAAAUACAGGACGCAUGAUUGGUGGAAGCAAAAAGACAUAUGAUCUAUCUGGAUCAAUCCGGUCGAUGGGUGAAGUAGAUGAUUGCAUCAAUAUGCUAGCGGUCAGAGAUAAGAUGUUGCCACCAAACUUCUGCGAAAGGACGUUCUCGUGAAGAAUUGGAUAGAAAGUGUUUAAUAAAGUUUCUUAACGACCAUUC